CUAACGGACGGGGGUCUGACGUCACCGAGCCGCCGCCGGUGUUUUGUUCCGCAGAGCUCCAUCCAUCAUGGCGAUGCAUGCUAAGGCGACUCCACCGCAGAUCCCGGACACCCGCCGGGAGCUGGCGGAGCUGGUGAAGAGGAAACAGGAACUCGCUGAGACGCUGGUGAACUUGGAAAGACAAAUAUAUGCGUUUGAAGGCAGCUACCUAGAAGACACUCAGAUGUACGGCAACAUCAUCCGAGGCUGGGACCGAUACCUCACCAACCAGAAGAACUCCAACAGUAAAACUGACAGAAGAAACAGGAAAUUCAAGGAAGCAGAGCGUUUGUUCAGCAAAUCAUCUGUCACAUCAGUCGCAGCGGUUUGUGCACUCGGAGGGAUUCCGGAUCACAUGAAUGAGAAGCGCGAAGCCGGCAGCGGCACAGAGAGCGACACCUCUCCGGACCUCCAGAACCAGGAGAACGAGCCGAGCCAGGAGGACACGGAGGACGUGGACUCCACGCUGCAGGACCUGAAGCCUCAGAAAGCUGCUUCCUCGUCCUCCUCGGGCAGCCACCACGGGAGCCACAAGAAGAGGAAGAACAAGAACAGACACAGCCCUUCUGCCAUGUUUGAUUAUGACUUUGAGUUUGACAUGAAGGUCAACAAGAAGCCCAGAGCUGAUUAUUCCACCUAACGAAGCUGCCUGACCCGUCUGGACCUUCCUGGACUUUGUGAACUUUGUAUUCCUGGUUUUCUUGUCGUCAUCUUUCCUGUACUGUGUGUAUCGCUGAAACAUUCCCUCCUCCACCUUCCUCUGGUUAGAAACACCUCAGUAACAUCCUGUUCAGAUAAAAAGACUAUUUAUUUCCACGUUCCCUGUCGUUAGAAGGUUUCGGUUGAGCGUCAGUCAGUCGUUCAAACCCCCAGAACGCCCCCAGUUCUUUUAUGACAUCGUUUGUUUUGCAAAAAACUAAUAAAAAGUUGUAAGUUGA